GAGAAAGGCAGACUUUGGACCCACUUCACUCAGUCUUCUCCUCUCCCGGGUGUCCCAGACAUAAGCCUCCUGUCUACCUGCACUGCCAGGCUCUUCAGUCCCCACCAUGAAUAUCCAGUUUGCCCCUACCGACCUGCCCCUAAGCAGAAGACUGCAGACGGCCUCGGUGCUACAGUGGGUCUUCUCCUUUCUGGGCCUGGCUCCAUGCUGCAUCGUGCUGUUCUUUGUGUUGAUGUUCACUCGGUUCUGGCUGGUCAGCGUGUUGUACGCCUGCUGGUGGUUCAUCGACUGGGAAACACCAUCCAAGGGGGGCAACAGGGUUCACUUCCUCUCCAAUCUACGUGUCUGGGACUACAUGAGGGACUACUUCCCUGUAAAGCUGGUGAAGACAGUGGACUUGGACCCCAGGCAGAACUACAUCCUUGGUUUCCAUCCCCAUGGGAUUCUGGUGACUGGAGCCUUCACUAACUUCUGCACGUAUGCUACAGGCUUCAGGAAACUAUUCCCUGGCCUGGACAGCUUUCUGCUGAUGCUGCCUCUCUGGUUCAGAGCCCCCUUCUUCAGAGACUACAUCAUGAUGGCAGGUCUGAUUCCCUCGGACAAGGAGAGUGCCAGCUAUCUGUUACGUCGACAGGGAGGUGGGAAUGCCGUUGUUAUAGCAGUAGGAGGAGCCCCCGAGGCCCUUGACGCACGCCCUGGCGCCUUCACCAUUCUCUUAGCCAAUAAGAAGGGCUUCAUCAAACUGGCAAUGGAACAUGGUGCCCAUCUGGUGCCAGUCUUCUCCUUCGGGGAGAAUGAGUUGUUCGACCAGGUGGAAAACCCUCGAGGCACCUGGAUCCGCUUGAUUCAGGACAAGCUGCAGAGCUUCAUGGGUAUCUCUCUGCCCCUCUUCCACGCGCGGGGCAUUUUCCAGUACAGCUAUGGUAUCAUGCCCUACAGGAAGCCCAUCAACACUGUGGUGGGACGGCCAAUCAGAGUGGAGAAGAAUGAGAAGCCCACAGUGGAGGAGCUUGAUGCCCUCCAUCAGCUCUACACAGAAGAACUCAGCCAGCUGUUUGAGGAGCACAAGGGCAAGUAUGGAGUGCCAGAGGACCAACACCUCAGCUUUGUCUGAGCAGGACUCACAACCAGGAGAGAGAGUGAGAGAGAGUGAGAGAGAGAGAGGGACGAGAGAGAGAAAGGGGGAGAGGUAUGGUGGGAGAGGGAGAUAAAGAAAGACAGAGAGAGUGAGAGAGAGAGAGAGAGAGAGAGAGAGAGACUGAAAGAGAGAGGGGAAGGGGGAGAGCAUAAAAACCGUAAUUGGAGUUGCACCACCAAGUCCUUUCACUUUCCUCAACCAGAAAAACCUUUACAGCUAUAACCACCUGAAGCAUCCAGACCAAACUACAGGAGACAAGUAACAAGAGGAAUUGAUAUGGACAUUCUUAGCCAUGAUAUGGACAAAAUCUUUCCCGUCACAAAAAGCACUGUAUUAUGUAUGUCAACUAGAUUCAGCCACGGGCCUAUUUUUUCUUGAGUGGAGGGUCGUGGGACCGGAACAUAAUUGCAAAUAAUUUGGAGACUGCAAAUUGACUGCAAGAAGCCCAAACAGAUAUAAUGUUUGACGAAAACUUGCUUACAUUUGUAUAUGACCAAAUGUCUCUCUAUUAUGCGUGAGAAUACUUGGGAACAGAUUUCUCAAAUGAAAAUCACUUGAGGCUGAUCUCCUGGUGUUUUUAUAAUCUAUUAUGUCCAACAAGGAAAAAAUAAAAACAUUGUAUUUUUUUAGCUCAGAAAACUUGGGGUGCAAAUUAAACCACCUAUGAGCCAAAUUCGGCCCUCGGGCCACCAGUUGGAGAACCCUCUCCUAGAGCCACAUUUUUGCCUUAAUCUACAGAUGAAGUGACAUCUGUCUGGGUGAUUCGAGACUUGUAUAAGUCUGUAGAUCCUAUCAAAUAAAAGUCAGAGGUUGAAUGGAGAUUUCAUGUAAUGGGGUGAUGCACUGUAUCCUCACUUACAGUAUAUAAGGCCUCUCGGUCUCCUAUAUCAAAAACACACUAGGAAAAACUGGGAAUAAUUCUCAUUUUACUCAGUGUUUUUACAUAAUAAUACUUUAUCUGGUUAAUAAGUUUCCAUUUACAGUAUAUAUUUAAAUUCCCAAUGUAUUCAUUUUAAAUGUCUCUGUCUUAAUGUCUCUGUCAUGUAUACAUUUUUCACAAUAUUGUAAUAUAAAAUCUGAUACUAUUUUUCUCAAUUGCAUUGUUUUUAUUAUAAUACCAGUUCAUUUAUUUUAAUAAAGGUGAUUUCAGUUCUCA